UUUUUCAAAAUUUUAAGUGAUUUUUAUAAACUCAUAAAAAUAGUAAAAUGUCAAUGGAACUUCCUAAAAUUAAACACAACAAUGAACACGAUGAGAAUAUUCCUGAAAAACCGCUGAACAAGCUUUCAUCGGAUAUGCAACGACAGGAAAACAUCGAGCAAUAUUUGAUGGUGUGCAAAAAGAGGAUAAAGAGGAUGAAAAAUGUGCAGGAUAAGCAAUUUGAGCAUGAGAUUAAAAACCUCGAAGCAAUGCAGUGUUGUGCUUAUGAUUAAGUGCGGUUUCACAGAAUUUUCGCAAUAACUACGCUAUGGCCACCGCUUCAUAGUCGAAAAGAGAUUGAAAAUACAAUGAAGAGGUUUUUAUGGACGAACUCAAUGGCACAUACGACGCAUUAAUUUUAUAAUCGAAAACACAAAAACUUUGAGAUGAAUGGAGAAGGUCCGACGACUUUAAUUGGAAAUGUUUGAGGAAGAAAAUCAAAUAAUCUGACAACAUACGGACGAGUUAUUAAAACUUUGUUUGCUUCUUCGUCUUCAAUAAAAUGAGUCUUUUGGAUUAUGUCAG